AUGCCGAUGGGGAGUGUGGUGGAGCUGCACUGCAAGGACGGCUUCCAGGACCCGCGCCUCGCCGCGGAGCAGCGCACGGCCCUCUGCGCGGGCGGCGACUUCCGCGUGGGCAUGUCCAAAGUCAGCAGAGACCUGAUCCGUGCCACGAACCUUGUCCAGGAUGUUGUGGAGGAGCUGGAGGCCAAUUUGGCCCUGGACACCCGGGAGUCCGACUACAACUGGCGGGCGCUGAUGCAAUUUGAGUACCGCUGGCGCUCCGAGCUGAGCGCCGGUCUGCAAGGAUUGCCCAGCGAUACAGCCGUGAGAGAGGUGUUGAGCCAAUUCCCCAACUAUGACGGGGUCUCGGACCGGUGGCUCGCAGUGUUCACCGUGGACGAUGUGCGCCAGCUCGUGAGGAUGUUGGAGGACAAGCAGACGGAGAUGCUGGAUUUGGAAGACCAGCAGCUGGGAGACCAAAGCAGCGAUGAGCCCCUGCUCCACUGCAACCGCACGCCGGGCUGGUGCCCCUUACCACCGUUGCCGCCUCACAGCCAGUUUCGCGACCCGUCUAUCGCCCCGGUCGCCCUGGGGGAGGAGAUCGAACUGGAGUGCCAUCCACACUAUGUCUACGACCUGGGCCUGCAGAGGCUGAUGUGCGGCAACUCUGCGAGGGGCGGCUACCAGUGGCGGGCUCCCGACGGCGGUCAGGCGAAGCCCGACAUCGCCUGCACCCUGAACCGGAGCUGGUGCCCCGAGCCGGUCCUCCCGAGCCGCCUGGAGGUGCUGGAGCCCAAGCACCGCGCCAUCCACACCCAGCUGCGCCUGGGCUGCCCCCGCGGCUACCGCCCCAUCGGCGGCCACGGCUUUGGGCGCUGCGGGGCGAACGGCUGGUGCUCCGCGGAAGGGCCCACGGAGCCCUGCACCGAGCCGCCGGACUGGCUCCGUUGUGAGCUCAUCCCGGGCUACUGCCCUCCGUGGCCGGGCAAUGAGCAUGGGAGCCCCUACAACAGCAGCUCCGCGCCGGAGGUCAUCCCGGUCAUCGACCCCUUGGCGCACGUCUUCCUGCGCCAAGUCCGGCAGCUGCCGCUGCCCUCUGGCGCUUUGGGUGACUUCGUGACCUUGAGCUGCCCGCAGUACUUCUCCCGCGCCUCCGGGGACACGCGCUUCAAGUGCGGCCAUGGCCUGCAUGGUCGCGGCCAGUGGCAGCGUGACCUACUGCCGGUGCCAGAGUACGCGGACAACAGUACCCUGGAUGCUGUUAUCCAGCUGGUGGACGAAGCCACCGCCGAGCCUUUGGUUUGCGAGCUGGAGACCAAGAAGGGCGUCCGGCGGAAGUACUACGACCGCCUGCCUGGCCUCUUCCGGAACCACAGCUUGUCGGGCUACGACGUCGUGCCCUACAUCAACCAGUUUGAGUCGGCCUAUGAUGCGGCGCAGUUUGAGUCCAAUCUUCGGCCGGAGCUGGCUGGCAACUACACGCUCAGUGUGGAGGUGCUGGGCGCCUUUGUGCUCAGCUGGCAAGGCCAGCUGCUGCUGACAGGCCGAUCCCAAGGUCUCUUUCCGGAGACAUUCAACACCUCGUCGCUUCAGCUGGACAGCGAGACGUUCUACUCCUUCAACCUGGAGUACUGGGCAGACCCCUUGCUGCCGGAUCGCACGAACCAAGAGAUGCUGACCUUCCCUCGGCUGCUGCGGCUGCUUUGGAAUGGUCCUGCCGGGGACAUGCAGCCAGUGCCAUACACGCAGCUGUACCAUUCCUUUGACAAGUUGUACGGCUAUCCCAUCACCCACAACGGCAUCAACGACCCGCAGCCGUGCGAUUCAAGCACCACCGUGUCCAUGACAGGUUUGCUGGUUGGCAACAACGGCACCAUUGUGGAUGGGUCCUGGGGCUACAACUACAACGAGGAUCUCAAUUGCAAUUGGCUGCUUGAAGCGACUGCCAAUGUCCGCUUCACCAUCUUCGCGAACUUUUUCGACGUCGUGGGCACGGAGGGCUGUGCAGGCGACCGCCUGGAGUUCUACGUGGGCCGGGGAAACACCUUACGGCUCCUGGGCAGCGUGUGCGGAUCCUAUGAGAGUGGCACCGCCCUGGUGCACACCUCUACCAGGCAACUGGUGAUCCGGUUUGUCACCGACUACGCCUUGGAGAGGGAAGGUUUCAACAUCUCCUGGUGCCUUGUCAGAGAUUAG